GGAAGGGCUCUUGCCAUUAUGCGGGUCAAUAUCAACUCAUGGAAUAAUGUUACCGUUAUCGUGCAAAACCCAGGCAAACAUAUACCGACAUACAUUCGUGUUAUUGAGAUGGUCAAGCAAGGACUUAACACUACGACUAUAGAUGAAGUUAAAGUUUACGAAGUCCCUAUAACAAACCUGAAAUCAAACAGAAUCUACGCGAUUGCCUUUGCAAUUAGCUUCUUCAAUCCAAUUGCAGACUUGGACAGCUUUCAAGAAUGUUUCUCUGAUCCCGUCUUCAUCACCACGCGGUUAGCAGAGGAUCCAAUAAUCCGAUACGGCACGGAGCAGCCUGAACCCAUUUCCUCGUCUGGACCUACUUUUGUCAUAUCUUGCUUGCUAACACCCCUCCUUGUUGUCAUGUUUUACAUGUAA